AUGGAAAUUGCAAUCGCUAAAGGGUUAUUCAACAGAAUACCCAACCGAAAAGUUCUGAAAGGAAUAAAAGUUUUGAAAGAAUUGGUGCGUAACGCGUCUGUAUCCAGCAACCUGGACGCACCGGAAGGAGGCUUCGACGCGAUCAUGCAAGCAAUAGUUUGCCGGAAUCAGAUAGGCUGGCGCGAGAAGGCUCGCCGGUUACUGGUGUUCUCGACUGAUGCUGGUUUCCAUUACGCGGGUGACGGCAAGCUGGGUGGUAUCAUCAAGCCAAACGACGGCCUGUGCCACCUGGACACCAGGGGCACAUACACUCACUCGUCUUUGCAGGAUUACCAGAGCAUCUCGCAGAUCAAUCUGAAGAUAGCUUUGUUGAUGCGCACGAGUUUGCGAGAUUCUUGAGUGUCGAACGGACGUUACUGCGCGCGAUUAUAGUUUUCGUAUUUUUUUUCAGUAGCAAUGUACGCGAAAUACGCGUGAAUCACGCGUCGUGUCGGGAGUGCCCUGUAAAGUAUCGCGCGUCGGGAGUGCCGUGUAAAGUGCCGGGCGAUCGUAAUUAUUCGUGUUUUCGCGAGUGUUGAGAGUGCUACGAAGGAUCAAAAGAGGAGGAGGAGGCCCGGAGAGGCAUCGGGCGACAGUGGAGCAACCGUGAGAUCAAUGAGCUGUAGACUACAACUUCGCUACUGCACGUGUCGGUGAGUGAGAAAUUGUUUAUUUUAUAUCAUUUUUAUUAGCGAUAAUGAGAGUGUAUCAAACUGGU